AUGCCGAGAAGGGAUAUAUACAAAGAUGCAUUCGCACCGCAGCCUACAGGAAAAAUACUAAAAGCUUGGGAACGAGCACCAGUGGUCUCACAUGCCCCGCGCUUACAUGGCCAAAAAAUAUGGAAAAAGAGAGGUGGAUUGCGAGCCGCAAAGGACAAUAAGGAGAAUUAUAACGACGCGUUUCUAGAGUUGGAAAAGGAAGGCGCGGGUUCGAGGAAAAAGGCGAGGGUGGUAGGAAAUAAGGAAGAUAUUUCGAAAGCUAAGUGGCAUGAGGGGAAAGAUAAGAAUGGCGAGUGGAAUGAAAAUACUAUGACGGGCAUGAGUAGUCCAAGGAAGAAUGUGCUGGGGAGUCCGGAUAAGUCACAAGUAGUGCCUAGGAAGAGGACGAAUGCCAAUGUGGUUAUUACGCCUAGAAAACCAUUGAGACAGAUGUUACUUGGUGGGGAGGGUCAAGGUUUGAGUGUGGGUAUGUCACUUUCUCCGACGAAGGAUAAAGAAGCGAGUGGUAGUCCCGUGAGGAGGAGAAAGGCGGCGAGGAAGAGCAUUAGGAAGUCGGUGAUGCCAAUGGACGACGCGCAGAUGGAUAAUGAGAAGCAUCAUGUGCGACACACUUCCUUGGUGUUCGACUUUGAGAUGACUACUGGGAAGAAGGAAAUAGAAUCAAAGCAAGGAUUUCAACAGUCACCCAAGAAGACACCAAAGAGACAAUGCCUUCGAAGAUCAAUGCGUGGGAGAAUUUCAGAGCCCGUUCAUAUUCUUGAGAAAGUCUUGAGUGUUCAUGAAAAAUAUAGCUCACAUGCUGGACUCGAUUUUAUUCCUCGCCGAAUCGAAACCCUUGAAGAUCGAACGAACGCAAUGGACAUUGACCACAAACAAGAUGUAUCCUCUGAGAAUGACAAGUCUCAAGGUACAGGGCUUACCUCAGCUCCGGAAUCAGCCAAGAAGCAGAAUAUAUCAAUCACUACUUUUGAUGCAGCAACGGAGGACCUUCUUAAUCAAAAUUCUAUUAAAAACGUCAAGCAAAAGAGAACAAGCUUACGCAGAAGCACUCGUCGCAGUGACCCACUGCUAGAGUCACGGGUUGAGAGGCCUCUCGUUAUGGAGAACACGGGGGUGACAUCACCAAACAAUUCUGCAGCGAGCAAUCGAGAUCUCGAGCCCGAGAAAAGUUUUCAAAGCACUGGCGGUGUUCUAAAUUCCGCAGUGACCCUAGGAAAUCCUCAUCUCCAAGAACUCGUUUCUAGAGAUACGACCGAAGAUACGGACGAAUGCCAAGGAGAUUCAAGCGAUUGUGGAAUGCCCAACCCCGUCGAAGAAAUAAAUCACAUUGUUGUAGAACUUCUUGACCAACCAGUUUCGGGCAACGAUAAUUUGGGUAGUGUUGACUCCCAAGAGUCGAUGCUGCAUUCGACCACUGAUGCUUGCUCGGUUGAAUUACCGGCUAAUGUUCAUCGACAACAAGCUUUCAGUGGCAUUGAAGACAUCCAACUGGUUAAGGAAAGCCCCACGGCUCACGUGGCUCCAUUGGAAGAUUCUGAUGACGAAGAUAUGGAUGAUUCUAUGUCAGAGCUAGGUGAAAUCUUACUCGAACCUAAUAUCAAUGUUGCAAAUCUUGGGCUUUCGUCUUCAAACCGGUCAUCUCAUGACAAUAUCAACGAAAUGGAGGAUACAGCGGAAUCUGACCCUAUCGAGGAUCCCGAGUCUUUCGAUUUGAUGCCAAUCAAUAGCCUGCACGCUAACAAUCAGCCUAUCAAUCCCGAAGCUGAUGUUACGCUAUCUGAAUCAUCGGCAGCGUUUGCCACGACCUCUGACAUCGACGACGCCUUCUCUUUGAGUGCAACUUCCUCAUUCGAGAACGAUGAUACGGAUAUACUUCGCCAAUUUCUCACCCGAGUGAAAGCAGAUAAAGCUGCGAAAGCCGCAGCUCCCGCUCCUAAAAAGAGAAAGUCACUACCCCAUUCACCUCUUCGAAUUCCACUUGGGGACAUCAUGAAUGCUGAAGCAUCAUCGCCAGUACAGGCACCAAAAGAGGAGUUUGACCUAAGCUUCCCAGCUACAACAUCGCCUUCACGGAAGAGCCGCGCGGCUACGCCACCAUCUAUCGACGAGGUAGAUGUGGAAGCUAAAUCUAUUAGAAGAAGUGGCAGAACCCGUCCACCAGUGCCUAAAAUUCCCCUUCCAGCGCCUAGCUCCAUUCCAGUUCGAAGGUUAGGUGGACAUGAUGGCGAUACGACCAUCACUCUCAAACAAAGUGUCGAAAAAGAACUCGCCGCUUUGACUCGUGUCAAUACUAGGAAGAACAAGGCAGGUGCUGUUCUUCCAGAAAUACUCUUAGCAAGAAAGGCAAAUGGGAAAGAGAACCCGGCAAAGAGGCAAAAAGAAUUGAAGGAAAUGUUUGAAGAGAAAGUUAGGAGGGAGAAGAAAGCUCAGGGCAAACCGAGAAAGUCGGUUGUAUGGGCUGAGGAAAUUGCUCGGUAUCAAACACUAGAGAGGAAAGACAAGAAGACGAUGGAGAGUAGGAAGGUCAAUAAGAGUGGUGAAAGAAUAGUGGACGAGAACAAGUCUGAGGAAGCGGAAGAAGUGAAAGAGAAAAUGGUGAGGGUGAAGAUCCCUACAAUCUCUAGCUCGAGGACUAGCAAAAUUGCUCUAGGGAUUCCUACAGCUAAUGGAACACCUUCCAAGAAGAAGAGGUUGAUAAGAUCAAGGUGA